UAUAUACGCGAUUUUUGCUUGUGUGCGUUAUCCCCUCUACUACAGCUGCGUGUUGCUAGAGUAGGCUCCAUUCUGGCAUUACUACUGGCUACUGGCUAUAGACCGACGAUAACUGGAAAUAACCUCGCAUCCGCAUGCGAGGCAAUUUGAUGCAUUCGUUCGGUAUUAUGUAGUCGCCAGACUAUAACUAUUUAUAAAACCAGCUCGCGGACGGAGCAUGCCCUUUAAGAUGGUAGAGCAAACAUUACUCGUGGCAAAUCGGAUAUAUUUGGUCAUUGUCUCUUUUAGAAUCUGUUAAAAUUUUCGAAACAUUCUUUCUCAAAUGGAGCAGUCUUGUUCGUGAGAAUUUGACAACAGCCAGAACGUCUAAUUGAACAUGGCUUUGUUAGGAGCACAAUUAGUCAUCACUCUUGUAAUGGUCAGUGUUAUACAAAAAUUAAGUCUACAUUUUUCUUUCGCAAGAUGGAUCUUGUGUUCUACUGGAUUGAUACGAUAUCUGUAUCCGACAGAUCAACAACUUAGAACAUUGGCUGGCGUGCCGAAGGAGAAACCAAAGAGAGGAAAACACAGUGAAAAUGGCAAAGUGGGAGAUGUGUUUCAUAUUCCUAGAAAUCUAGAUAUUCAGCUUGAAAGUGCAAAAGUGACAGCGCUUGAUAUUGUGCACUUAAAAUAUUAUAUGGAAUAUCAAUGGCUGCUGGAUUUCUCUCUAUAUGCUUCUAUUGUUUAUAUACUGACAGAGGCAUAUAAUUACUUAUAUCCAAUCAAAGAUGAGAUUAAUCUCAGUGUACUGUGGUGUUUGGUAGUUCUGGGUUUUGCAUUUAAAGUGCUACUUUCCCUCUGGGUACAAUAUUUCAAAGGAGAGGAAAGUGUAGGUGAAAGAUCUACAUGUAUUGUUACUGGAUUUGCGUACCUUCUCAUUGCUAUGAUGGUGCUUAUAGUUGAUGAAAAUAAAUUGGAAAUUGGCUUGGAAAAGGCAUAUACAAGUUUCAAUCAUAGCGCUUCUCGAUUUUUAGAUACUCAAGGACUUUCUUCCACGGGGCCAGCUUCAAAAAUAGUUGUAAAGUUCUUCCUUGCCAUAUGGUGUGGUCUAUUGGGAUCGUUAUACACUUUCCCAGGAUUAAGGGUAUCAAAGAUGCAUUGGGAUACAUUGAGGUAUUAUAAAGACUACAAAUUAUUAUUGUUAAUAGCGAAUAUCAGCUAUGUCUCACCAUUACUACUGGUGAGCUUAUGGAUUACACCUAUCAGCAGGGAUUAUUUGACUGUUCGAAUAUUUAAUGGUAUGACUAGUCCACUAAUGACAGCUGCAAGUUUUGACAGUAUGAGAUUGAUUAUUAUCGUCGUUGCUGUUUUAUUAAAGAUUGUACUAAUGCCAAUAUAUUUGCAAUCUUACUUAAAUCUUGCAAUUCAAAGAUUAGAAAUUCAGAAAAAAGAGGCUGGUAGAAUAACUAAUGUUGACUUACAGAAAAAGAUUGCAGCUGUAUAUUAUUAUCUAUGUGUAGUUGCGCUACAAUUUAUUGUUCCAAUAAUUAUGUGUUUAUUUUUUACAUUUCUGUACAAAACGCUCGGUGGUUUUACUUGGGAAGGUAUCUUAAAAGGGACGCUAGAGGAAGAGUGUCCAGCGGACGAAUUACCGAAAUUACAUUUGUCUACAAUUAGCAAUGAUAAUACUGAUAAGACUGUUGUACAAACUGCUGAAGAACUUCAACUUGCAUUAAGUUCAUUGAAGCAGAUCUUUACCACAGAUGUUUACAGAGGUAUCUUAGGAUUGGCAACAUGGUGGAGUUGUUUUGCGUUAUUUGCGACUAGCGCUAUGGGCAUGUUUUAUCAAUCGUAUUUCUCCAGCAUAUGAAGAGAUCUAGGAGAAAAUCCAGACAUCACACAAAUCUCCAUUAUUUCACAAAUCAGUCAUUUAUUAGAAUCAUAGCAUUGUCCAUUCAAAUAUAUAUUUUCAGACUACCAAUUUUAACAUAUGCCUAUGGUCAAAUAAUUAGGAUGACAGCUAUGAUGUAUAAUGUAAGAUUUUGUAAUACAUAUAUGGCAAUAAAUAUAAUAUCGCAGUUGUAUUAUAAAUAAGGACUUGAAACUUAAAAUCUCGCUCGUAUUAAAAAUGUUAUUAGUAUAUUAACAUGCUAUUUAUACGGUAUACAGGUAAAACAGUGUUAAAUUAGUAAUGUUCAUGUUUUUUUGUAGUACAAACAAUCACUGUAAUGAUUCUAUUUCACGAAUUUCAUGUAAUAGAGAGAAAUAAAACCGUUACCAGUGAAAUACUUAA